AUGGAUACCUCCGAGGUUCGACAACGAAAGCAUGACCCUCAACUGAAUCACACAGCCGCUCCGAAGAAGCAGCCUUCCGACAGUCAAGAUGAGGAACCCCGUUUGAAGCAUGGCAUUGCGAUGCAGCUUCUCCGCUCUUUGCUCCUGGCCACAUGGUUCAACUGCUGCUGCGUUGCCAUCCUAGCGACCCAGGUCAUCGGCUCCCCUCUAUACGUGAUAAACAAGGAUUGGUAUUAUUCCUAUAUGGCAUACACAAAGCAGUCCUUUGGCUUGGUCAUCACGGCUCUCACUCAAUGGGGCUGUCCUACCUUUGUGCGAGUCAGCGGUGACAAGAGUGUACGGGGUCAGGUCCACGUCGCAGAGGAUGGGCGCUUAAAGACCCAAUUCCCAGAGCGAUUGGUCAUCAUAGCCAAUCACCAGGUGUAUACUGAUUGGAUCUAUCUGUGGUGGGUGGCAUACACGAAUACGAUGCACGGCCGCAUCUUCAUCAUCCUUAAGGAAUCCUUGAAGUACAUUCCUAUUAUCGGCCAGGGUAUGACCUUUUACGGCUUUAUUUUCAUGGCUCGCAAAUGGUUGUCCGACAAGCCCCGUCUGCAACAUCGAUUGGAGAAGCUGAAGACUCAGCAUACGGGAUCGCAGUCAGGGUCCCCGCAAUAUGACCCCAUGUGGCUUCUGAUCUUUCCUGAGGGGACGAACCUAUCCAUCAACACCAGGCGGCGGAGUGCAGAGUAUGCCGCAAAGCAGGGACUCUCCCCUUUGAAGCAUGAGCUGAUUCCCCGCUCCACUGGUUUAUUUUUCUGUCUACAGCAGCUGCGCGGGACAGUGGAGUGGGUCUAUGACUGCACCGUAGCCUACGAAGGACCUCCAAAGGGUAAUCUACCUGACAAGUACUUUACCCUUCGGUCGACGUAUCUGCAGGGGCGACCGCCCACUUCGGUCAAUAUGCAUUGGAGACGUUUUGCCGUGUCCGAGAUCCCUCUGGAUGACCAGCAAGAGUUUGACUCGUGGCUCCGCGAGCGUUGGACCGAGAAGGAUCAGUUGCUUGAGGAGUACUACGAGACAGGGAGGUUCCCGUCCGAGCUGGCUGGGUCUAUCGAGGUUGGGCAUGGAUUCGAGGACCGGAAGACUGCUGCGGCUGCAGGGUAUGCUGAGACACAUGUGCGGUUGGGACACUGGGCCGAGCUGCCCGCACACGCCAUGGCGUCCCUUCAGAAUGGCCACGCCAAUGGCACGAAUGGCGAUUCUCUUUCAGCGGCCAACCCGUUGCCCAAUCUCCGUUUUUCUGACAUUCCCUCCGCCAUCGACAUUCCCGCGUCCACCCUCGACAGUGAAGUCGAGGUCAGCCUAGAGAUUCUUCCAGAUGACCCAACCGAGCUCUGUACAUUGUUGGAGAACGAAAAGGCCGCUAAGAACUUUUGGGUCACGAUCGCGCUGGCAUACGCCAAGCAGAAGCAACUCGAUCAUGCCAUCGACAUCUUAAACAAAGGUCUCGCGUCGGUCGCUCAUGGAGCCACGAAAGAGAAACUCGGCCUGCUGGGAUGGGUUUGCUGGCUGUUGAUGUUGAAGAGUCGGAAUGCCCCCCGCGUUGCACCCGAGGGAGAAUUGUACACCGAGGCGAAGACGAAGGAUCAUUAUCUCCAACUUGCGACGUCGACUCUGAACGAGGCUUCACGACUGAAUCCGGCGUUCCCCCCUCUGUUCCUGGCGCGAGGUGUCCUGUCGCUGCUGCGCGCCUCGCUACAUCCACCCCGUCCUGUUCGCCCGGGCACCGUUGACACAUCCGAGAGGGUAGAAUCGCUGCGGCAGGCGCUCAAGUGCUUCGAUGAGUCGUCCAAGGCUUUUGGUGGUCGGAAUGUCAUGGCCAUCCUUGGGCGCGCGAGAACGCAAUACUUGCUUGGCCGAUACGCCGAGGCCCUGGAAGGCUACCAGAAGGUUCUGAUGAAGAUGCCCAGUCUGACAGAUCCCGACCCGCGGAUUGGUAUCGGCAGUUGCUUGUGGCAGUUGGGCUUCAAAGAGCAGGCUAAGGUUGCUUGGGAGCGAGCUCUGGCGUUGAACCCAGACUCCAAGGUCGCCAAUAUUCUCCUCGCAGUAUACUAUCUCUACGACAGUUCACGACAUGCCACGACAGACCCGGCCUUCGGUUCAUUGUACAAGGUAGCAAUGACUCAGUACACGCAGAAGGCGUUCAAAUUGGACAAGGAAUACCCCAUGACUUGUUCUCUGUUUGGCGGGUACUUCCUCCUCCGGAAGGCUUACUCCACCGUCGAGACCCUGGCCCGGAAGGCCAUCGAACACACCGAUGUUAUGCAGAUUGCCAGCGACGGUUGGUAUCUCCUUGGUCGGAAGUCCCACUAUGAAGGCGACCUGACGCGUGCUGCGGAGUAUUACAACCGCUCCGACCAGGCUCGUGGCGGUGGUGAGAAGGGAUACCUCCCGGCCAAGUUCGGCACGGUACAGAUGCAAGUGUCCAACAAGGACUUUGACGGAGCCAAGUUCCGCCUCGAGAAGAUCAUUCAGCAGACGAAGAAUGCCGAAUGCAUGGUUCUGCUCGGCGCGCUCCAUGCGGAGGAGGUCUUCGCUGCGCAGAGAAGCGGCAGCAAGGAAGACAAGUCGGCUGAGAUCAAGAAGGCCACCAACCUUCUGGAAUCGGUUCGCGCCCUCUGGAAGGACGAGACCAAGAAGAUCUCGCCCGACGAGUCCGUCUUGGUGUACCUGGCCCGGCUGUACGAGCAGAGCGCUCCCGAGAAGAGCAUGCAGUGUCUCACCCAGCUGGAGGAGAUGCAGCUCGCAGAGGUCGCAGAGGAGGAGCGCCCCGAAGGCGUCGAAGAUGAAGAGCAGCUCAAGGCAGCUCUCCGCGUCCACCUUCCCCCGCAACUCCUCAACAACAUGGGAUGCUUCCUGUAUCAGGCUGAGAAGAUCGAACGUGCCCGGACCAUGUUCCAAGCAGCGUUGGAUGCCUGCGUCCGAUCCAAGGAGAAGGAAAGCGAGCUCGACACCGACGCGCUCGUCACCACCAUCAGCUUCAACCUGGGCCGGACCUAUGAGGCGGCCGACAUGCCGGAAGAAGCCAAGAAGGUGUACCAGGGUCUCCUGGAACGUCACGCUGACUACACCGAAGCCAAUGCGCGCUUGACGUACAUCGCCCUGCGCCAGAGCCCCACAGACGAGGGCCCGAAGAAGAUGGCCAAGCUCUACGAAGCCGACUCGACCAACCUGGAAGUGCGCGCCCUGUUCGGCUGGUACCUCAGCAAGUCCAAGAAGCGGGCAGCCAACCUGGCCGAGGACCACGAACAGCGCCACUACAAACACACCCUGCAAUACUACGACAAGCACGACCGAUACUCCCUGACGGGCAUGGGUAAUAUCCACCUGUCCACAGCGCGCGACAUGCGCCGCGACAGCGACCAGGAUAAAGAAAAGCGGCGCAAGAUGUACGAGCGGGCCGUCGAAUUCUUCGACAAGGCCCUCCAACUGGACCCUCGCAACGCAUACGCCGCCCAAGGUAUCGCCAUCGCCCUUGUCGAUGACAAAAAGGACCACGCCUCCGCCGUGCACAUCUUCUCCAAGAUCCGUGACACAUUACGCGACGCCAGCGUCUACCUCAACCUCGGCCACGUCUACGCCGAGCUCCGCCAAUACACCCGAUCGAUCGAGCACUACGAAGCCGCACUAUCCAAAGACCGCGCCCGCGACGCACAAAUCCUCGCCUGCCUCGGCCGCGUCUGGCUUGCCAAGGGCAAGCAAGAGAUGAACCUGCAGGCUAUGAAAACCGCCCUCGACUACGCGCAGCGCGCCCACUCCGUCGCACCGGGCCAAGUCCACCUCGAAUUCAACGUCGCCUUCGUCCAGAACCAAAUCGCCUCCCUCACCUACGGCCUCCCGGAAACGCAAAAGACGGUCCAAGACGUCCAAGACGCCGCCGAAGGCCUCCAACAAGCCGUGGAGACCUUCAACCGCGUAGCUCAAGCCAAGAACCCACCGUACCCAUCCAGUGCCUUGGAACAGCGUGCCAACAUGGGUCGCACCAUCCUGAAGCAACUCGAGCGCGCGCUCCAAAGCCAAAAGGAAUACGAAGAGAAGAACGCCGCCAAGCUCCAACAAGCGCGUGAGGCGCGUGAAGCCGAAAAGCGCCUGCGCGAAGAAGAAGUGCGCAAGGCGCAGGAAGCAGAGCGCGAGCGCAAACAGCGCGUAGCGGAGGAGCGGCAGCGCAUGAUCGAGGAAGCGCAGCGAUUGGCGGAGCAGCGCGCGGAAGAAGAGCGUGCGCGUGAAGAAGCGGAACUUACCACUGAGUCGGAGACGGGUGCUAAGGUUAAGCGCAAGAAGAGGACGACGUCUACUAAGCGCAAGAAGAAGCGCAAUGAGGACGACUUCAUCAAUGAUGGAGGUGAUUCUCCUCCCAGGGAGAGGAGCUCGGAACCGGACUCCGAUGGCGAAGCGGCGGCGGCGCCGAAGAAGCGCCGGCGUCUGGAACGUCGGUCUGGUAGUAAGGCGCAGCAGAGCAAGUACAAGAGUAGUGAGAUGGUGCGUCGUCGGGCCAAGGUCAGUCGACGAGUGGCUGAUGAUGAUGAAGAUGAGGAUGAGGAUGAGGAUAAUGGGGCGGCGGUGGCUGGAGGAGGGGGCGAAGGGGCCACAACUGGGGGCGAUGGGGGCGAAGACGAUGAUGAUGGAUUGUUCAAUGACGAUGGUGGUGAUGAUGAUAUGGAUCUGAAGGAGGAUGAGUGA